UGCCUGAUGUAUUUACUUACAAUGCUCUAAUUUCUGGCGGAGAUAGGAAAAAAUAUUCUGAAAUUCUCUUGGAUCAGCUUUUCGAAGCUUGAUGCGGGAUGAAAAAAGAAGAGAAGGGUAAGUUUGUCAAUUUGCUAUAUUUUCUCAUAUUCACGGGUACAAAAGGACUAUUUAUAUUCAGGGAUACACACGUCAGGAUGACUCUGUAAAUUCAUUUUGAAAGUAGCUGUUACUUAAAUAAUUUCGUGAAACCUCGGGAUUAAAUAAUUAAUUUUCCUAUAUAAUAUCCCGUUCCGUUAUUUACAUCGAGCAACAACGGCUUAUGCUUAGCCAGCUAAAACAAGUUCACAGUUUUCAGUCCCUCAACUCUUUACAGAUUACGACGAAGAAGACGACAAUGGUCAUGAGUUCAUGAUCAAUUAACAGUAACAGUAACAAAAAAAUGGAUUUAAUUCAAUUCAGUAGUACUUCACGCUUGUUCACUUUUCCAGUGCUGAAUCUUCCUUUCAAGAAGAAUGAUUCCGAUAAUUUUCUCAAAUUCCGGCGGACAUUUUCUUGUAAUAGUAAGAGUUCUCAUCCAUUGAUUCAGGCUUCCAGAAGAGAUUCUGGAGGUGGUGCAGAGGUAGAGACUAUGGUGGUUGUCGACCAGCCUAAAUUACGGCGACGUUAUCAGGUAUCUGAAGGCCAUCCGGCGCCGUUUGGUGCAACUGCUAGCGAUGACGGAGUUAAUUUUUCUGUGUAUUCAACCAAUGCUGUUUCUGCUUCUCUCUGUUUGAUUUCUCUUGAUGAUUUGCCUAAGAAUAAGGUGACUGAGGAAAUCCCACUUGAUCCUCUCACCAAUAAGACUGGGGAUAUUUGGCAUGUAUUUCUCAAAGGAGAUUUUAAAGAUAUGUUAUAUGGGUACAGAUUUGAUGGAAAAUUAUCUCCAGAGGAAGGGCAUUACUUUGAGUCUUCUGAGAUUGUAUUGGAUCCUUAUGCAAAAGCAGUUAUAAGCAGAGGGGAGUUUGGUGUUUUAGGACCUGAUGAUAAUUGCUGGCCUCAAAUGGCUGGAAUGAUACCGGCUGCUCGAGAUAAGUUUGACUGGGAAGGAGAUUUACCAUUGAAAUAUCCACAGAAAGAUCUCAUGAUAUAUGAGAUGCAUGUUCGAGGUUUUACACAACAUGAAUCAAGCAGGACUGAAUUCCCUGGGACAUAUCUCGGUGUUGUGGAAAAGCUUGAUCAUCUGAAGGAACUUGGCGUCAAUUGUAUAGAGUUAAUGCCAUGCCAUGAGUUCAAUGAGCUGGAGUACUACAGUUACAAUUCUGUCUUGGGUGACUACAAGAUGAACUUUUGGGGAUAUUCAACUGUCAAUUACUUUUCACCUAUGACAAGAUAUUCUUCUGCUGGGACACGUAAUUGUGGCCAUGAUGCAAUUAAUGAAUUCAAGCUUCUUGUUAGAGAAGCUCAUAAACGAGGAAUUGAGGUGAUUAUGGAUGUUGUUUUCAAUCACACAGCUGAAGGCAACGAAAAAGGCCCCAUCUUAUCUUUUAGAGGAGUUGAUAACAGUGUCUAUUACAUGCUUGCUCCAAAGGGAGAGUUCUACAAUUAUUCAGGUUGUGGAAACACAUUCAAUUGUAAUCAUCCUAUCGUGCGCCAAUUUAUAUUAGACUGUUUAAGAUAUUGGGUAAUAGAAAUGCAUGUGGAUGGCUUCCGCUUUGAUCUUGCUUCUAUCAUGACCAGGGGUAGUAGUCUUUGGGAUGCAGUUAAUGUAUUUGGGAAUCCCGUAGAGGGCGACUUGCUGACGACUGGCACCCCUCUUAGCAGUCCUCCAUUGAUUGACAUGAUAAGUAAUGAUCCAAUACUUCGUGAAGUAAAGCUCAUAGCUGAAGCAUGGGAUGCAGGAGGCUUGUAUCAAGUUGGUUGUUUUCCUCAUUGGCAAAUAUGGUCAGAAUGGAAUGGAAAGUAUCGUGACAUUGUGAGGCAGUUUAUCAAGGGUACAGAUGGUUUCUCUGGUGCUUUUGCUGAAUGCCUAUGUGGAAGCCCGAACUUAUACCAGGAAGGAGGAAGGAAACCAUGGAACAGCAUCAACUUCGUAUGUGCACAUGAUGGUUUUACUUUGGCUGAUUUAGUGACCUAUAAUAACAAAAAUAACUUGGCCAAUGGGGAAGACAACAAUGAUGGAGAGAAUCAUAACAAUAGCUGGAACUGUGGACUGGAAGGAGAGUUUGCAAGCAUUUCGGUGAAGAAAUUGAGGAAACGGCAAAUGCGAAAUUUCUUUGUUUGUCUCAUGGUUUCACAAGGUGUUCCAAUGAUAUACAUGGGGGAUGAGUAUGGUCACACAAAAGGCGGAAACAAUAAUACGUAUUGCCAUGAUAAUUAUAUCAACUAUUUCCGAUGGGAUAAGAAGGAAGAAUCAUCAUCAGAUUUUUAUAGAUUUUGCUGCCUGAUGACCAAGUUCCGCAGUGAAUGUGAGUCCCUUGGCUUGAAUGACUUCCCAACAGCAGAGAGGUUACAGUGGCAUGGUCAUGUUCCUCGAAUGCCAGAUUGGUCUGAAACAAGCCGCUUUGUGGCCUUUACAGUGACCGACACGGUGAAGGGGGAGAUAUAUGUUGCUUUUAAUGCUAAGCACUUGCCUGUUACCGUUGCACUGCCAGAACGGCUAGGAUACAGAUGGGAGCCUCUGGUAGACACUGGCAAGGCUUCGCCAUUUGACUUUCUUUCUGGUGACGUACCUGAAAGAGAGAUUGCUAUUAAACAGUAUUCUCACUUCCUUGAUGCAAAUUUAUACCCUAUGCAUAGUUAUUCUUCCAUCAUUCUCACCCUCUCUCCCGAUGAUAAUGUAUAAUUCAUUAAAAUUAGUGUUCGAUUUCAGCUGUAAAUAUCUCCAACUUAAUGCUCAAAUGUUAUUUUUGAGCCUGAAGUUGUGUAUGGAAUGGAGAUGGUGUGAUGGGAACUUGCUCGAUCUUUCUUUGCAUUAUGCAUAAUUUCUUUCUUUCUUUCUUUCUUUCUGAAUGCAAAUUGUUGUUUGUAUUUAUGGGGUGUAAUCAAUUUUACUCAAAAGGAAAAAAUAAUUGAUGAAUGAAAAUGUAUUGUUAUGUUAGGUUGAAUUUA